AUGAAUAAAUUUCCUCCACUUAACAUCACCGAAGGCACUACGUCAUGGGGCACGCGGUGGGAGGAAGUCACUAUAAAAGCUGAAGGACUGACGUGCAACAGGGAGUUAACUCACGCCUCUGACAUGAAUCUCCUUUUAGUGACAACAGCGACUCUCCUGGCUUCCUGCAGCUCAGCGAAGCUUGGUGGAGGUCAUGGGAAUGCGGGGAGAUCCUUUGGCGGAGGAGCUGCGUUCGGUGGCGGUCAUGGUCCUUCAGGAACCCUCAGUACGGGGUACCUCACGCCCGCUACCGGAGGACAUGGCGUCGUCGGGGCCACUGGAAUUCACCAUGGCGGACCUGAAGUAACUGGACAUGGCCCUGUCAUUCCUGUAGGGGGACAUGUAGGAAGUGCAGUCCACCAGAGUCCUGCUGUAGGACAUGUCGGUGGACAAGUUCAUGCCAGUGGAUUCGCAAGUGGAGGUCUUGUAGGUGGCCAGCCUGUAAUCCCAGGAGCAGUUGACGUUCGCUACAGUGGACCUGGUGCCAAACACAGCGCCCUUGCGGGAAUUGGGCCAGAUGAAGCAGCGCUCAUAAUUAAGGGAUCUUUCGAUUUUGGUCAUGACGACGACAUUAGAGGCAGCCACUCUGCUUCCGGAGCCUUUAAUGGUGCACAUGCUGGAGGAUUUGGUGGUGCAAGUGACCAUGAAUCUUCUGAGGAAGACCAUGAAGGUGACAUAAUCGUCGGCAGUGAAUACAGCGGACCCGUUGGUGGAGGACAUUUCAGUGAGCUUCCUGCUGGCGAGGAGCACAGUCUUCACGCUCUUUCUGGAGGCCAUGUAGCAGUUGGACACGCUCUUCCUGGUGGUAUUGGAGGUGGACACGCCGUUUCUGGAGGCCAUAUUGGAGGAGGACACGCUAUUUCUGGAAGCCAUACUGGAGGACACGCAAUUUCCGGAGGCCAGUUUGGAGGUGGAAACGCUGUUUCUGGAGGCCAUAUUGGAGGAGGACACGCUGUUUCCGGAGGCCAUAUUGGAGGACACACUGUUUCCGGAGGCCAGUUUGGAGGUGGAAACGCUGUUUCUGGAGGCCAUGUUGGAGGAGGACACGCUAUUUCUGGAGGCCAUGUUGGAGGAGGACACGCUAUAUCUGGAGGCCAUAUUGGGGGUGGACACGCUGUUUCCGGAGGCCAGUUUGGAGAUGGACAUGCUCUUACUGGUGGUAUUGGAGGUGGACAUGCUGUUUCUGGAGGCCAGUAUGAAGGUGGACAUGCUGUCGCUGCAGGACAGACUGGAGGUGGAAUUGCCCUAUCUGGAGGCCAUGUAGCAGCUGGACACGCCCUUACUGGAGGUAUUGGGGGUGGACACGCUGUUCUAGGAGGCCAGGUAGCAGGAGGCUCUAUUGCAGGUGCAUAUGCCGCUUCUGGAGGUCAAAUCGGAGGUGAACAUGCCGUUCCUGCAGGCCACAUUGCAGUAGGACAUGCUGUUUCUGGAGGCCAUGUUGCAGUUGGACACGCUCUUACUGGUGGUAUUGGAGGUGGACAUGCUGUUUCCGGAGGCCAGUUUGGAGGAGGACACGCUGUUUCCGGAGGCCAUAUUGGAGGAGGACACGCUGUUUCUGGAGGCCAUAUUGGAGGAGGACACGCCGUUUCCGGAGGCCAGUUUGUAGGUGGACACGCCGUUUCCGGAGGCCAUAUUGGAGGUGGACACGCCGUUUCCGGAGGCCAGUUUGGAGGAGGACACGCUGUUUCCGGAGGCCAUAUUGGAGGUGGACACGCAGUUUCUGGAGGCCAGUUUGGAGGUGGACACGCCAUUUCCGGAGGCCAUAUUGGAGGUGGACACGCCGUUUCUGGAGGCCAUAUUGAAGGUGGACACGCUGUUUCUGGGGGCCAGUUUGGAGGAGGACACGCCGUUUCCGGAGGCCAAUUUGGAGGUGGACAUGCCGUUUCUGUGGGCCAAAUUGGUAGUGGAAACGCUGUUACUGUAAACCAUGCUGGAGGUGGACAUGCUGGACCUGUCCUUUCCGGAGGAUCCAUUGCAGGUGGACACGCUCUCUCUGGAGGCGCCCUUGGAGGUGGAUAUUCCACUGGCAGCUCAUUUGGGGACACACAUGUUCCUUCUGGAGGCUCAGUUGGAGUAGCUGUCUCGACAAAUGGCAUUGCGAACGGUUUCGACAUUCACGGCAGUUCUGGAGCUCCAUUGGAUGCCAAAUUCCCUACAGUCACUGUUCUUAGACCAACCGGAGGAGAUGCUUUUGGACCCUCACACGGAGCACAGGCUGAUAUUCAUAGCGUUGGUAGUGUACAUGGAGGACAUGAAGACGAACACAUUAGCGUACAGCAUGAUGUAGGGGCUGCCUUUGGGGGAGCCAGUUACAGCGUUCCUGCAGCUGAUCGCACUCCUCAGUUCGCCAACCAACAUUCCUUUGGAGGGGGGCAUGUCGCUAAAGGAAAUGCUGCUAGCUUGGUUUCCUUAGGGCAUCAAGGAUCCACUGUUGAUGAUCAUGCCGCCCCUCUUACUGCAGGACAUGGUUCCUCAGUCGUGGGAAGUCAUGCAGCUACUGUAGUUGCGGGACACAAACCAUCGGCUGGAGUUGGAAGAGGACCUUUCCUAGGAACUCCAGUCAAAGGAUCUGCACACCGGCAUGGAGCCCUAGGUGGCCACCACGGCGGAGCGACUGCCAGUGUCAGCUUUAACUUCGGCGCUCCUCUAAGCAAGCAGCCACUGUCUCCGAAGGGGAGUCACGCUGGGAUCGGCAUACAUGAUUCUGGGGCCGUGAGGAGCAGCCACAGAGCUUCUGUCGGCGGUUAUGCUUAG